UCAGCUCCGUCUCCCUUGCUCUCGGCUCUCAGGCUUUGCUGCCACCAGCGGCCCCGCCUGUGCUCUCUCUGCCCUGGAGCCCCGGACGCAUCCUCGCGGGGGUCUCCUCGACCUGAGCCUCUCAGGUCAGGGUCCCCUUUGCACCCCCUUAAGUGGUGACUUCUUCCUGGGCCAGCGGGCGAGCCACAGGCGGCGGGCAUCUGCACCCCUGCUUCAUCGCCGUCCCCUGGGCAGCGGUCUGCCCAGGACCGGUUCGGCCGCUGACGCGGGCCCUUCGUACCGGGUCCCUGUUGAAACUGUCCACUCGCUUCCCCCGGGAGUGGGACUCAGGCCAGUCGGGCGUUCCUGUCAUGAGCCAGAGCCCGGAGUUCGGUCCCCGGAGGGGCAGUUCUCCCCGGGGCACAAUCCGAGCCGGUGCGCGGCGCAACGAGAGCCAGGACUAUCUGCUCAUGGACUCGGAGCUGGGAGAGGACGGCUGCCCGCACGCCCCGCUGCCUUCUUACGGCUACUACCCCUGCUUCCGGGGAUCUGACAACAGACUGGCUCACCGGCGGCAGACAGUUCUCCGUGAGAAAGGGAGAAGGUUAGCUAAUCGAGGACCAGCAUACAUGUUUAGUGAUCGCUCAACAAGCCUAUCUGUAGAGGAGGAACGCUUUUUAGAUGCAGCUGAAUAUGGUAACAUCCCAGUGGUGCGGAAGAUGUUAGAAGAAUGCCUCUCGCUCAAUGUUAACUGUGUGGAUUACAUGGGCCAGAAUGCCCUGCAGUUGGCAGUGGCCAAUGAGCAUCUGGAAAUUACAGAACUUCUUCUCAAGAAAGAAAACCUCUCUCGGGUUGGGGAUGCUUUGCUUCUAGCCAUUAGUAAAGGUUAUGUUCGGAUUGUGGAAGCGAUUCUCAGUCAUCCAGCUUUUGCUGAAGGCAAGAGGUUAGCAACCAGUCCUAGCCAAUCAGAACUCCAGCAAGAUGAUUUUUAUGCCUAUGAUGAAGAUGGGACCCGGUUCUCUCAUGAUGUGACUCCAAUCAUUCUGGCUGCCCACUGCCAGGAAUAUGAAAUCGUGCAUACCCUCCUGCGGAAGGGUGCUAGGAUUGAACGGCCUCAUGAUUAUUUCUGCAAGUGCAAUGACUGCAACCAGAAACAGAAGCAUGACUCAUUUAGCCACUCCAGAUCUAGGAUUAAUGCCUAUAAAGGCCUGGCAAGUCCAGCUUACCUGUCAUUGUCUAGUGAAGAUCCAGUCAUGACGGCUUUAGAACUUAGCAAUGAACUGGCAGUGCUGGCCAAUAUUGAGAAAGAGUUCAAGAAUGACUACAAAAAACUAUCAGUACAGUGCAAAGACUUUGUUGUUGGACUCCUUGAUCUGUGCAGAAACACAGAAGAAGUCGAGGCCAUUCUGAAUGGGGAUGUUGAAACGCUCCAGAGUGGUGAUCAUGGUCGCCCAAAUCUCAGCCGUUUAAAACUUGCCAUUAAAUACGAAGUCAAAAAAUUUGUAGCUCACCCGAACUGCCAACAGCAACUUCUCUCCAUCUGGUAUGAGAAUCUUUCUGGUUUACGACAGCAGACAAUGGUGGUCAAGUUCCUUGUGGUCCUUGCUGUUGCCAUUGGACUGCCCUUCCUGGCUCUGAUUUACUGGUUUGCUCCAUGCAGCAAGAUGGGGAAGAUAAUGCGUGGACCAUUCAUGAAGUUUGUAGCACACGCAGCCUCCUUCACCAUUUUUCUGGGACUGCUGGUCAUGAACGCAGCUGACAGAUUUGAAGGCACAAAACUCCUUCCUAAUGAAACCAGCACAGAUAAUGCAAAACAGCUGUUCAGGAUGAAAACAUCCUGCUUCUCAUGGAUGGAGAUGCUCAUUAUAUCAUGGGUAAUAGGCAUGAUAUGGGCUGAAUGUAAAGAAAUUUGGACUCAAGGCCCCAAGGAAUAUUUGUUUGAGUUGUGGAAUAUGCUUGACUUCGGUAUGUUAGCAAUUUUUGCAGCAUCAUUCAUUGCAAGAUUCAUGGCAUUCUGGCAUGCUUCCAAAGCCCAGAGCAUCAUCGAUGCAAAUGAUACCUUGAAGGACUUGACAAAAGUAACACUGGGAGACAAUGUGAAAUACUACAAUUUGGCCAGGAUAAAGUGGGACCCCUCUGAUCCUCAAAUAAUAUCUGAAGGUCUUUAUGCAAUUGCUGUAGUUUUAAGUUUCUCUAGGAUAGCUUAUAUUUUACCAGCAAAUGAAAGCUUUGGACCUCUGCAGAUCUCACUUGGAAGAACAGUCAAAGACAUCUUCAAGUUUAUGGUCAUAUUCAUUAUGGUGUUUGUGGCCUUUAUGAUUGGAAUGUUCAACCUCUACUCCUACUACAUUGGUGCAAAACAAAAUGAAGCCUUCACAACGGUUGAAGAGAGUUUUAAGACACUGUUCUGGGCUAUAUUUGGACUUUCUGAAGUGAAAUCAGUGGUCAUCAACUAUAACCACAAAUUCAUUGAAAACAUUGGUUAUGUUCUUUACGGAGUUUAUAAUGUUACAAUGGUCAUUGUUUUGCUAAAUAUGUUAAUUGCCAUGAUCAACAGUUCAUUCCAGGAAAUUGAGGAUGACGCUGAUGUGGAGUGGAAAUUUGCAAGGGCCAAACUCUGGUUUUCCUACUUUGAGGAGGGGAGAACACUUCCUGUUCCCUUCAAUCUGGUGCCAAGUCCAAAGUCCCUGUUCUAUCUCUUACUGAAGCUUAAAAAAUGGAUUUCUGAGCUGUUCCAGAGUCAUAAAAAAGAUUUCCAGGAAGAUGCAGAGAUGAACAAGAUAAAUGAAGAAAAGAAACUUGGAGUUUUAGGAAGUCAUGAAGACCUUUCAAAAUUAUCACUUGACAAAAAACAGGUUGGGCACAAUAAACAACCAAGUGUAAGGAACUCAGAAGAUUUCCAUUUAAAUAGUUUCAAUAAUCCGCCAAGACAGUAUCAGAAAAUAAUGAAGAGGCUCAUUAAAAGAUACGUACUGCAGGCCCAGGUAGAUAAGGAGAGUGACGAAGUGAAUGAAGGGGAACUGAAGGAAAUUAAGCAGGAUAUCUCAAGUCUCCGCUAUGAACUCCUUGAAGAGAAAUCUCAGAAUACACAAGACCUAGCGGAACUUAUUAGAGAACUUGGAGAGAAAUUAUCCAUGGAACCAAAUCAAGAGAAAACCAAUAGAUAAUGCGAAGACUUCCUUAGAAAUUUAUAUUUAUUUGUCCACUUGAAGCCAUAUUAUUUUCUGAUUUAUUUUUUUUUAAGUGCCAAUGUGCCCA